GCGCUUAGAUUCGAGGUUAUAAUAGGAACGCGUGUCGAGGAUUACGGCUCUUCUGCUAACACGUUUUUUCAAGCUUUACGUCAAGAGAUUGUUUCAGGCAAAACCAAAAUGUUUAUAGUCAGACAAUUAUCAAGUGUAGGUCUUCGAACGACCCUGCGAUUAUCGCAAGAAAACGCGAGGAGUAUAAAUAUAAAAAGUCUGGCAUCUUCUGUCUUGAUCAUCGAUAAAAGCGUGGUCAACACGUCACAAAUGACGUCGACGACGUUCGAGGCCAAACGGCCCGAGGUUAGCGACAGCGUUCGGGAGGCUGAAAAAUUUUUGAAAGAAAAGUUCGAGACAUUAGAAGUAGAUUUCCCGUGCCCCAAGUGCAAUACAAUCAAUUACCAAGUCGUCACCAAACGAGCUCAUGAGAAGGGGUUCAUCAUGGUUUUAUGCCCGGGGUGCAGACAUAAUAUUGUCCUUGCUGAUAAUUUGGGAUACUUUAAGAGCAAUGGGGAGGGAGAAUUUAAAAACUGUCCGGUGACAAUGAGGAACCUAUUACAUCCCGAGAACUUGAAAAACCUAAAAAUUAAUAUAAAGCGAGCUCAAGAACCUCCAAAAGAUGCGAUUCAAGAAGGUGCUGAUUUAUAUUAUUACGGAUAA